UGUCGCAAACCCCGCGCCUCUCUGCCCCCGCCCGGCGCGCUGCCGCAAAGCGCGGCCGGGAAGAUGGCGGCGCGCUGGGCGCUGGGCGUGGGCGGUUCCUGGGCGCGGGGUCUGCUCAGCUGGGCGCGGCCGGAGAGGUGGCUGCCAUCCUGUAGCUUUUUCCCUCUGUCAUGCAUCCACACAAGCACAUCUCUGCAGAAGACUGGGAAGUGGGAGAAAAAGAACAGGAUUGUUUACCCUCCACAGCUGCCUGGAGAACCCCGCAGACCAGCUGUAAUAUAUCACUGUCGGAGAGACAUAAAGUACAGCAAAGAUAAGAUGUGGUAUCUGGCAAAACUGAUAAAAGGAAUGACCAUUGAUCAGGCUCUUGCUCAAUUGGAAUUUAGUGACAAAAAGGGAGCAAAAGUGAUCAAAGAGGUUCUGUUGGAAGCACAGGACUUGGCCGUAAGAAAGCACAACGUGGAAUUCAAAUCGAAUUUACAUAUAGCUGAGUCCCUGACGGGCAGAGGCCGCUACGUGAAGCACAUUCGUUACCAUGCCAAGGGCAUGUUUGCCUUCAUGAAAAUCAACAGGUGCCACUACUUUGUGAAGCUGAUGGAAGGUCCUCCUCCCCCUCCAGAGCCACCAAGGACUGGCUUUGACCAGGCAAAAGAAUAUGUGCAGCAGCUGCGAAACAGAACCCUUGUUCAUACGCUCUGACAGACUGUUGUGACUGUAUAGGUAUCCUCUUGUUUGACAAUGUAAUUGUAUAAAAGAAUAAUUAAAAUAAUGCUUUAGUUAUAUCUUUGGUGCUGCUGGAGCUGGAUGAUGUGAGAAUGAUCAUAGGGUUUUUUCUUAUUUGUCAAGCCAUAGGCAUGGAAAAAUUUUGGAGCAGCAGAUGUUAUUUGCAACACAGCAUUCAAACUCGACCCUGGACUAUCAAAUCUAGAACAUACGAUGCUGUUAUAAAGCUUGUAGUGAACUGAAGUUCACACAGGUGUCUCUGUUAUGUAUGGUGGGGGCUCUGAUGGUAAAAAUAUGUGCUUGACAGUCAAAUUGCAAGAUCAGACUUGGACUAAAAGUACUAAAAUUUCUUAAAGUAGCUACAGCAUUGGAACAAAAAAAGCAACAAUAAUAUUUAAGAAUACAGACAUCGAUUUAUGGUUUAUCUGGGAUGUAAUACUUUCCUUACAGCUAUUAUUGUGCCUCUCCGGCAAUGUGUAUGGGAGUGGGGAAUAAAAAACCAAUCCUUUAAGGUUCAGGUUUUGGCAGUCAGUAGGUGGCAGUGUUUAGUUUUUCAGAGAGGAAGCGGCAGCAAAAACUUAACAGGGCGUUGAAACUCUGUUCUGGAUUCUGCCCUUGGCAUUAAUAGUCUGAUAUGUGCAUGGAGUUCAGGCUGCUUUCUGUGGAAACUCAGUGUGGGUAAUAGGCACAAUAUGGAGAAAACCUUGUUUUGUUGAAGAGUGAACUAAUUAUUCUGCGCUGUCUGGAAACAAAUUGCUUUGUAAUGUUGGGGAAAGUAACACUCUGUGGACAUAAUAUGAAAUGGCUUGUUGCAUAUACAAAUCAGGCUUUCAGUUCUAUGAAAACAAUCCCAUUUUUAUCAUUAUUUCUUCGAAGAGAAAAAGACUGAGACCAGAACGGGGAAUCUCAUUUCACUCAGUCAAAUUUUUAACUUCAGAUGGCCAGAGUUCAUGAACAUCACCAUAAAAAGAGAACGAGCAAUUGCUUGUUCAUGCAAAUGUCUGAUAUUUAGACUUUUCCAUUCUGGGAACAUCAGUAUGGGAGAUAGAUUGCUUACCUCAUCUGGGUCUUUUUACAACACCAGCCCAUGGUAGCCUUUCUUACAUGUUUUUACUUGGAUCAGUACUUGAAUGAUGGUUGAGAGCAGCUUCUGUAAGGAAACAAAUUAUCUUUAUUGUCCUAACGAAGGUGGCAUACGGGUGUUUCUUUUGGCUACCAAAGAAAGGUUCUCAUGAUGUUAAAGAGUAUUGGGGAUGGUGAAGUUACACAAGAGGUCCAUGCAGAGCUCAGUCCUGUUAAUGGGUGCCUGUUUGCAGUCUGGAUUUCUGCAGUGCACUUUCAGACACAUUACUUGCUGUUAAAGCCACGAUUUAGUAACUUGUCUGAAAGGUGUGUUCUGAUAAAACUCUCUAUCUCUGCAGUCCCUGAUGUGUGUUUGAAGAACUGUUUCUGUUGUACUGUGAUAAACAGCUGUGCUUUGCUCUGCCAGCUGCCCUUAAA